UACGUUGGUAAUGUAUCUUCGGGGGGCGGAGCUGUGGCCGUGUGAUGGAUAGGUUGAGUAGGGAAGUGGGCGGAGCGUAGAACUGGUUAGUUACUCGAAGCUCCGAGUCUCCUCUCCGCCGCCAGACACCGGAACCGAGCUCUUCUCUCCGGGAACCAGCUGCUUGAAAUAAACACAAUGGGCCGAAUCUUCCUGGAUCACAUCGGGGGCACCCGCCUGUUCUCCUGUGCCAACUGCGACACCAUCCUCACCAACCGCUCCGAGCUCAUCUCCACCCGCUUCACCGGGGCCACCGGCAGAGCCUUCCUCUUUAACAAGGUGGUGAACCUACAGUACAGCGAGGUCCAGGACCGCGUCAUGCUCACCGGGCGUCACAUGGUGCGAGACGUCAGCUGUAAGAACUGCAACAGUAAGCUGGGCUGGAUCUACGAAUUCGCCACGGAGGACAGUCAGCGCUACAAGGAAGGGCGCGUCAUCCUAGAGCGAGCGCUGGUACGGGAGAGCGAGGGCUUCGAGGAGCACGUCCCAUCUGACAAUUCCUGAAGCCCCCCUUUUAUUUAUUCUUUGGCUUUCGUUCUCUUUGUAGUCCCUUUCAAGUUACACCAUGCAGCAGAUCUCUACAGCGUAUUUGCAUUCACCGUUACCUUAGCCGUCGCGUCACGUGAUGAGACAUAGAGGAACGACGAACGAUCUGAAUGUGAUCAUUCCUUUCCAGGUUUGGGUUUUGUACCAUUUCAAGCAUAUAUUCUACCAAUGCUGUCUUAAAUGGUCUGAUGUCCCCACCCACGAGUGCUGAGCUACCCCCCAUCCCCCCCGAUUUAUCGGCCCGUUUCCCCCAUGUUGAUAAUUGCCUUAUUUGCAGAUUCGUUUGCUUUGAAAUGUAUUUGCGCAUUGUAGAUUGUAACCGCCGUAGGUGACGCCUCGUGUAUGGGAUCUAGUGUUUGCUGCCGCUUGCGCUGGUCAUCACGUCACUAAGUAGCUGGGGGAGGGGGGGGUCUGCGGGGGAGGGGGGGUGUACUUGUCUAUCUCCAGCAUCUAUAUAACCCACUUACCUUCAUGAGUCAUGUGAUGCAGGUGGUGUGGACAUUUAAACAAAAAAAAAAAGAAAUUCUAAAUUUUGAGAUGCACCAAGUCAUUUGUUUUAUGUAUGUGAUGCGGAACGUCCUGAUAGUGUAAUAAAAUGUUAUGUCUCUUGUA